AUGUCAGCGAGAACGUCCCAGAGGAGAGAUUACCAUAUUGUGGUUCUUGGUGCCGCGCAAUUCGUGCAGAAUGUGUGGAUUGAGAGUUAUGACCCGACGAUAGAAGACUCGUACCGAAAACAGAUCGAGGUGGAUGGACGGCAAUGCAUGUUGGAAAUAGAGCUCUACAUGAAAAGCGGCCAAGGAUUCCUGCUCGUCUUCUCGAUUACGAGCCAGAGCAGUCUAGUAGAGCUCUCCGAACUCCGCGACCAGAUCAUCCGCAUCAAAGACGACGAGAACGUGCCGAUUGUCAUCGUCGGCAACAAGUCCGACCUGGAGGAGGACCGGGUGGUGACGAGGAGCCGAGCAUUUGCGGUGAGCCAGAGCUGGGGCAACGCGCCGUACUACGAGACCUCGGCCCGGAGGAGAGCAAACGUGGACGAGGUGUUUAUCGAUCUGUGCCGGCAGAUCAUCCGCAAAGAUAAUACGGCGACGGCGAUUAUCGACCAGGAGAUGGUCUACGCGCACGGCAGCAGGAAAUCACAUGGUGGCUACGGACAGCGGCGCAUGAGGGCUAGGAGGAACAAGCAGUGUUUUAUUUUAUAA